UGUUGUUCUUCCCGGCAGACAUGACAGUGUGGAGAGCCAGCGGGAGUGCCAUCAAGUUGUAGUGUUGCCGUGUCACUAUAGUCUACAAGUCAAGUGUAGUGUUGGCGUGUCACUAUAGUCUACAAGUUAAUAGUCUACAAGUUAAGUGUAGUGUUGCCGUGUCACUAGUCAACUAGUCAACAAGUCAAGUCGGCGAAUGGCGGCCCAAGAAGAUGGCUUUAAAAGCUGUCCAGUCAUCUCAAUACGACCACUUUAAAAGCAGCGCAGGUUGACGGAAAGAAGGAGUGUGGAGCUAAAGUUCCUUCGGAUGGAAUGAACUCUUAGCACUUUUAAAGGAUGAGUCACAGAUGGUGCCUGAGUACCUUCCAGCGCUCACUCCAUGUGCAACAUCCUCAGUGCGUCUUCCUCAGCCAGUUGUACAUCUUCCACUCUCGGGGGGCUCCGACUCGAAAAGCAUGGCGCCGCAGGGCUUACCAGCUUAGACAAAAACUGGGGAUCCACACCGGGGGCUCGUGUUUGAACAGCUCGACACCUCGCUGGUCUGCGGGCCUGAGCCAACACAUGUCACGAAUGAGGAACACGCUGGACACGGUUUCUAAAGCCGUGACGCAAACGGACCUCCUCUCCAAGAUCACCAGACUCAAAGCCCAGAAGUCUGGGACAAAUGUGGCACCGGCUGCGGAAAAAGGGACCACUACUGCUUCUGUAACUGCACUAGAAGCUGCUGCCACUACCUCCUCCUCGCAGCCUCACAACGCCACACAAGCCACCGACGCUGUUGCCACCGCACCCGCGCAGGAGAGUAAGGAGAUAAAGCUGAGGCGUGUCAAACCGGAGGAGCCUCAACAAUCCUCCAACGGGAAACCAACCCAAGCACUUUUCCACCCUAGCAGCUUGUCAGUCAACCUGGAUCAAACCUACAACUACGUAGCGCAUCACAUCAAUUCUUACUUCGACAGCAGUACCAAAUCUCAGGAGAAGAAAGACCAUGUGGAAAAGCCUCCACAAUCAAGUGACCUAAUGUGUAAUAGACCGCCCCUUCCCGCUAAGAAAGGCUUAGGCCACUACCUGGCCUAUUCCGCUCCCACCGUGCAAGCUUUUGUCGGGAGCUACCUCACCCCCUUGGUGCCAAAGUUCAGGACGGGGGAAUCCAAAAGUGCUACGGAUGACGCCGUUAAGCUUGAGGAUAUGCCGGGGAAGCAGGCGGAGGUCAGCAUCAGUAAAGAGCAUAAGGUGGCAGAUGAGAAGGCCAAUAAACUUCUUCUUCAAAGGGAAAAGAUCAUUGCCAGGGUGAGCGUGGAUAAUCGAACCCGUGCUCUGGUCCAAGCUCUCCACAGGGCCACAGAUGUGAGGGUUUACAUCAGCAGAGUGGAGGACCUCAGCUACCAUCUCCUGGAGUUCCCUGAGACUUGUGGGGUUGCUGUCAAGGAAAAAGUCAUCCCCUGCUUAUUGCGUCUACAACAAGCAAAAGAUCCUGGUCUGAGGGAAGCAGUUCGAGAAGCUCUUAAUCUGGUGGGCUACCAUAAAGCAGUUAAAGGCCGAGGCAUACGCAUCCUGUCCAUAGACGGAGGAGGUUUAAGGGGACUUCUUGCCCUUCAGACUUUGCAGAAAUUGGAAGCCCUUACCGGCAAACCCAUUUACAAACUGUUCGAUUAUAUUUGUGGCGUCAGCACAGGUGCCAUCCUCGGCUUCAUGCUGGGCGUGUUCCAGCUGCCGACCGGCGAGUGCGACGACCUUUACCGCAAACUGGGCUCGGACGUCUUCAAGCAGAAUGUGAUCGUUGGCACGGUGAAGAUGGGGUGGAGCCACGCUUUCUACAACAGCGAAGCCUGGGAGAGCAUCCUCAGAGAAAGAAUGGGCUCACACAUCCUUGUGGAAACUUCCAGAAACCCAGAAUGUCCCAAACCCGGUACCACACGGUACCUGUCCGCGGCCCGGUGGUUGGGGACCACUGCCAUACGUGACAUGCUGCCUGACAAUCCCUGUGUUGACGUGCAGGUGGCAGCAGUGAGCACCAUCGUGAACAGGGGCACGCCACUCAAGGCCUACGUGUUCAGGAACUACAACCUGCUGCCGGGGGUGCGCUCCCACUACCUGGGGGGCUGCCAGCACCAGCUCUGGCAGGCUCUCCGCGCCACAUCCGCGGCCCCCGGCUAUUUCCAGGAAUUCCUCUUGGGGAGUGACCUCCAUCAGGCACUUAAGUCCAUCUUUGCUGAGCAACCAUGCAUUAGCCAUCAUAACAAAACACCGUUGGACAGAUCAAUAACCUGAUGCUACUCUACUGCCUGAGUAAGCGCUCAGUCUGCAAACUACAGGGGUCAGACGCCUGAGUAAAAGCAUCUACUUUUCAUGGUGUCAACAUCUCCUGGAGUUGGAGCACACCCUCACUCUCAUGUUCAUAGUGCUAGUCAGUGGGAGGAAACAGAAGACUGGGCCAGGAUGUUGGGGGAGAUUUUUCCCCCGCCUGUCGUCUUGCAGGUGGAAACCGACUGCAAGAUGCACACACCCACGUUUGACUGCUUCACCUGUCUCACUGGGACAAUCAGACUAACUGUCUAAUUAUGAAAGGGUCUCUUUCACACUCUGGAUAUUUAUUGAGCAUCCUGGACUUGACACUUCCUUCUUUAGUGAGACUUUGUAAGUGGAAUAAGGAUCGUAGGUUGUUUGACUCUGCCAAUCUACUUUUUACCCAAGUAUUUGUUUUACAGCAUUUAUUACUCGUGUUGCGUUUCCCAGAUGGGGAAUUGUCAUGACACGGUGAGGACAGAUGUAGAGUAAGAUGGAAGAGCAGCAAAGUCAUAUUUAUGGUGUUGAAGUAUUUCACCAACCCAAAUCCAAUCCAAUAUUUUUAUUGGCAGCUGGUCUCGUACCGCUGAGCUUCUGGUCCCCAAAACAUGUCCUCGUGGCCCAAAUGAAAUGCUCUCAUGCUACUUUACUAAACACAGUUAUCAUUACAAUAAUAAAGUCAUACAUUAAAACAAAAUUACUGCAGCAAAUAUCGUCUCUACAAGAGAAGCACUCUUCUGUUUUUAUAGACCCACUGUCAAAGUCAAAGAUCCUCUCUAUAUCAGUGGUUUUGAUUGAUUGAUUGAAACUUUUAUUAGUAGAUUGGACAGUACAGUACAUAUUCCGUACAAUUGACCACUAAAUGGUAAUAACACCCCAAUAAAUUUUUUAACUUGUUUAAAUUGGAGUCCACGUAAAUCAAUUCAUGGUCCCCAACCAUUUGGUCGUGACGCCUUUGCUCCCGGGCCGCAGAGAAACAUUAAAUCAUUUGUAAAGGACUGCAUUUUCUCCAGCUUAACUUUGGCCUGUCUGACUAGACACACCAACAAUCUUGUUUAUAGAUGUAUAGUACAACUCCUAAUAGGAAGUUGGCAUUUGUUAUAUUUGUUAUAACUUUGUGACCUGAUACAAUGCACAUUAAUGAACAUAUAAAAUAUAAAUGUGACUGAUUGCAUCUCAUUGCAAAGAAACAAGCCCAGGGCUCCCACUAAUUCAGCGUUAUAGUGAGUUGUAUUUUUCAUGCACUUAUUUUUGCUGUAUUUAUCUGUCACAAGUGGAAAGCCGGUCCCUGAAAAUAAUGCCUACAUUAAACAGGUCCGUGGUGCAAAAAAGGUUGGGGACCACUACUCUAUAUGACAGGAGUGCUUUGCAGAUGAACUACAUUAUGUUCAUGGAGCUCAAAGAUCCUCUAUAUGACAGAGCUGAUCUGCUAUUUUUAAGGUUCACUGCAGAAAUGCUUGUCAAAGAUCCUCUAUAUCAGUAUUUUUCAACCUUUUUUAAGCCAAGCCAGGUUUUUAUAUUGAAUAAAAUCCCGAGACACACCCCUAGCAGACAAUGUUAAGAAAUGAAAUUCAUUAGCCAAUAUUGACAGUAUAAAGUCCUUCAAGGAAGGCGUGGCGCAGUGGAAGAGUGGCCGUGCGCAACCCGAGGGUCCCUGGUUCAAUCCCCACCUAGUACCAACCUCGUCACGUCCGUUGUGUCCUGAGCAAGACACUUCACCCUUGCUCCUGAUGGGUGCUGGAUAGCGCCUUGCAUGGCAGCUCCCUCCAUCAGUGUGUGAAUGUGUGUGUGGAUGUGUAAAUGUGGAAUAAGCGGUAGAAAAUGGAUGGAUGGAAUGUGUAAAUGUGGAAGUAGUGUCAAUGCGCUUUGAGUACCUUGAAGGUAGAAAAGCGCUAUACAAGUUCAACCCAUUUAUGUAUUUACAUCAAAUAUCUGACAUAUUUGUUUGAUAUACGUACCAUAAUCAUACCGGCAUUUGGGACGACGUGGCUCGGACGGUAGAGCGGCCGUGCCAGAAACUUAAGGGUUCCAGGUUCAAUGCCAGCUUCCAAAAUCCUAAUCACGGCCCACCUAUCUCCAAGUGGCCCCUACACUGCUGUAUGAUUGUGCAGGACUCUUGAAAAAGAGAUGCGUAAUCUCAAUGGGACCUUUCCUGUGUACAUAAACAUAAAAAUAAUAAUAACCAUCCAUCCAUGCAUCACUGUCUCUUAUCUCAAAUAAGUGAUCUACUACCUGCUGCCACAUACUGAUAUGGAAGAGUAUUACUCUGUAGCUCAUGAGACAGCACGGACACUCAACAACGGCAUAUUAUUUUUAGAAUACAAUUAAUGGUUUGCAAAAAAUAUUUUUGAUUAUAACAUUUAGGUGACAUUGCAAAAUGUCCAAUGGCACAUCAGUCAAUAUCUUAGGACAUACAGUGUGGUUGAAAAGCACUGCUCUAUAUGACAGUGGUGCCUUGCAAAAGAGCCCCAGUAGGUUUUUGCAGGGCAAAGAUUCUCUAUAUGACAGACACACUCCUUUUUUAAGGCCCUAUUGCCAAAUGUUAGUUAAAGAUUGUCAAUAUGACAGGAGGGUGUUGCGGUAUGUUGAUGUAGGUCCUCUAUAUGACACUGUCAUUUUUGUGCCCACAAGUCAAAGAUCUUCUAUAUCAAAGUAAGACAUUUGUUUGGAAAUGUUUAUCCAUUUUAUUUCUGAGUAUCUUAUUUUGAAAGAACUCUCAUUUAUAUGCCUAGUUCUACCCCUUGAGUCAAAUUAUUUAAUUGUAGUAUUGCCACUACCUUGGGGAAGUCAUCAAGGUAAACAUUUAGUCACAUCAUUGACCACCUUGAGGACACGUCAUCUUUGAAUAGUCAUGCCGCUGAACGUCUAUGAUGUCAGCAUUCCUGCCUGACAAGAGAGUCAUUUCACUCUCUUCCACCCAUGCCCACGGAGUUUUCCACUUAAUUCAGGACCCAAACAAUCCCCCUUUUGUUUGGUCCAAAGGGUUGCCGCACUAUGCAUGCUGGAAUGUGGCCUUCCAAGAAAGUUAUGAUUGUUUUGGUGAUGUCCCUGCAGGACCAUCUUUGUUCCAGAGAUUAUGAUUGAAAUAUAGUGAAUUUAGAACUUGGAGCAGCUUUGUUUUUUAAUCAUCCGCUCCUCACACUUGCUAGCAUGGCCACGUAGAAGAUGUCUUAAUGAGUUGGAACAAGGGGAUGAAGCGGAGGAGGAGGAGGGGGAGAGGGCCGCAUGUUCCACAUUAAAGCAUUCUCAAUUAUCCCUUUGCUUAACGACACAGGUCAGGAUGACUUGAGACGUUGGACAAUGGAUGUAUGGAAUGACGAGGAGGGGCCUUGUUGCCAUGGUGUUUCCUGAGGGGAUGGGGUGGAAUGGGAGCGUGUAUUUUUGCCCACCUUUUAAAGAUGGGAUUGUUGGAGCACCACCACCACCCUCAGCGAGUCUGCUUGUGAAUCAUUCUCUUCUAAAGGUUUGGCCCAUUAGUGAGUCACAUUACUGAUGCCCCUAAAGCUGACCAACACGCCGGAUUGUAGUCAGCUGGAGGCGUGUCUUAAUGAAAUUAAACAAUGGAUGUCCGCUAACUUUUUGCAACUCAACGCCAAAAAAACGGAAAUGCUGAUUAUCGGUCCUGCUAGACACCGAACUCUAUUUAAUAAUACAACUCUAACAUUUGACAACCAAACAAUUAAACAAGGCGACACGGUAAAGAAUCUGGGUAUUAUCUUCGACCCAACUCUCUCCUUUGAGGCACACAUUAAAAGCGUUACUAAAACGGCCUUCUUUCAUCUCCGUAAUAUCGCUAAAAUUCGCUCCAUUCUGUCCACUAAAGACGCUGAGAUCAUUAUCCAUGCGUUUGUUACGUCUCGCCUCGACUACUGUAACGUAUUAUUUUCGGGUCUCCCCA